GAAGUGUCUAAUUUGUUUUUUCACUUUGUUCUCUCUAUCUCUCCCCAGGGUUUUGCUUUUUAGCUUAAACCCGCGGCCAUGGCGAUGAGGGCAGCACUGGCGGCGCCCCGCGGUUUGCGGCGGCUUUUCUGCACGAACUCAACCUCUCCUUCUCCUACCUUCCCUUUCGUUCCUCCGCCGUCUGCGGCGGCGCCUUCCGCCCGACAGAUGGCGGAUCCCAGCACCAACCUCUUCGUCUCUGGGCUUAGCAAACGUACUACUACAGAAAGGCUCAGGGAAGAAUUUGCAAAGUUUGGUGAAGUUGUUAAUGCAAGGGUGGUUACUGAUCGAGUCUCAGGUUACUCUAAGGGGUUUGGUUUUGUGAAAUAUGCUACUAUAGAAGAGGCUGCAAAGGGCAUUGAGGGCAUGGAUGGCAAGUUUUUGGAUGGUUGGGUUAUAUUUGCAGAGUAUGCAAGACCAAGACCGCCACCGGGACAACCUGUAAAUAUGACUCCUCAGUAUGGCCGGCAGUGAUUCCUAUUAUUUAUCUGAAACAUUAUUUGAGCCUUUUUGAACUGGUUUAUUGUUCACAUUUCAAUUGAAAAUCAUGAAGUUUUAUUUACAAGGACAUGUAUGCCUGGGUGGUCUUUAAAUUAAUUACCUAUAAAAGUUUUAGAUGUUGUAAUGGGAUGAUAACUUUAUAUGACUCUCUUGCAAUGUUAGUUUUCUCGGCAAUAGCUCUGAAAAUUUUGUGGUUAUGGCUACUCCGAGGAAACUGCGUGUUUGUACUAUAUAGUACUGGUGCUGGUGUUUGGACUGUUUGGAGUUACUUUGAAACGAGAUAUGAUGGUUCUUGUCAA